CCGGGGAGGAGCCGGGGCCUGCAGCGGAGCCGAGCCGAGCCCGAGCCGAGCCCUGACACUGUCCGUCCGCCUUCAGGCUCCCCGGGAGCCCGGACUGGCCGCAGCCCGAGAGGUGGCAGCGCCGGGGGCCUCACGCGCCGGAGGGAGCGGACCGGACGGGACGGGACUAGAGGAGGCGCUGCCGCCACAGUGGCCGGGGACCGGCGACGGGAGCCGCGGCCUCCCGGACCCUGCUGCCCAGGCCAGCUCAGGGAGAGCGGGGAGUAGGAAAACCCCACCCUCGGGGGCACCCCCGGAGCGGAGGCGGGAGCGGGGACGGGGAGCAGCCUCUCUCCCGGCCGGAGGGAAGACCCUCACCGCUCGGGCGAGGCAAGGGGGAGACCCCUGGAGGGGAGACUCUCUCCUUCGUAGGGGCGAGGAAAACCCCCAUCCUGGCCCGGGGAUAGACCUCCAGAAGUAGAAAGGGGUGAUCUUACUAAAGGAAGCCGACCGAGUGAGACCGCCCCAGCGUGCCUCCACCCCUCCAAACGCACACUCUCAGCAGUUCAGGACUUUUCGAGGCGAAAAGGGGGAAAUGCCUAUGGAGUAGGCGCCCUGCAUCCUAUCCAGUACUCACGGGGGAGAGGAGUCCUUGCAUUCAGAAGCGGGGGACCCUCCAGGGACAGAAGAGGAGUCGGCUUUCAGCCUUUCAGGAGAGGGGAAGAACUGUCCCCCCAACUUCCUUGUACCUAGACAGUGGAACAGGGCAGAGCCCCUCCGCUCAGAUCUCCAGCAGACACAAGGAGCCCUCCACUCCCGAAAGAUCCACUUUGGGGGGGAGGGGGACUCCCCCAAGGGGGAGGAGACAACUCCUGGUUGGGAGAGGCUCCUCCCCUCCUCCCCAGGGGAACAGGCAGGGUGUGGGGGGUGUGCCACCUUCCCCAGGUAGGACCUCCUUCUCCCCCUCCCCCUCCCCCUCCUCCCUCCGCUCCUCACCUUCAGGGGACCCGGUUCCCCUCCCCAGCUUGGGAUGCUCAGCCAAGUACGGGAAGAGCCACCGAGGAUGACACGCUUCAUCUGCCUUUGAAGAGGGGAGUCCCUCCAACCCCAAACUCCAGUACCAGGUGGUUCCCUCCCUUUGCCGGGGGAACCUUGGAGACAGAACCCAGAAGUACCAUGGCUUCUGACCUAGAGAGUAGCCUCACCUCCAUAGACUGGCUCCCCCAGCUGACCCUUCGAGCUACCAUUGAGAAGCUUGGGAGUGCCUCCCAGGCUGGGCCUCCAGGUGGCGGCCGCAAGUGCCCGCCGGGCUCACCCACCGAUCCGAAUGCCACCCUGAGCAAAGACGAGGCAGCUGUCCACCAGGAUGGCAAACCACGGUACAGCUAUGCCACCCUCAUCACCUAUGCCAUCAACUCCUCUCCUGCCAAGAAGAUGACCCUCAGCGAGAUUUACCGCUGGAUCUGUGACAACUUCCCCUAUUACAAGAACGCUGGCAUCGGUUGGAAGAAUUCAAUUCGGCACAACCUUUCUCUCAACAAGUGUUUCCGGAAGGUGCCCAGACCUCGGGAUGACCCUGGGAAGGGCUCUUACUGGACGAUCGACACCUGCCCUGACAUCUCCCGGAAGAGAAGACACCCUCCAGAUGAUGAUCUAUCUCAAGACUCGCCAGAACAGGAGGCAAGCAAGAGCCCACGGGGAGGCGUUCCAGGGAGUGGAGAAGCCUCACUGCCUUCUGAGGGGAAUCCUCAGAUGUCCCUUCAGAGCCCCACAUCUAUCACCAGCUACAGCCAGGGCACAGGAUCUGUGGAUGGCGGAGCAGUGGCAGCCGGGGCUCCAGGCCGAGAAAGCGCUGAGGGUCCCCCUCCCCUGUAUAAUACCAACCAUGACUUCAAGUUCUCCUACUCAGAGAUCAAUUUUCAGGAUCUAAGUUGGUCCUUUCGCAACCUCUACAAAUCCAUGCUGGAGAAAUCUUCCUCCUCUCAGCAUGGCUUUUCGUCUCUCCUGGGGGACAUGCCGCCCUCCAACAACUACUACAUGUACCAGCAGCAGCCGCCGACACCUCAGCAGCAGCAGCAGCAGCCGCCGCCACAGCCGCCACCCCAACAGUCCCAGCCGCAGCAGCAGCAGCAGGCAACGGCCCAGGGCCCCUCGACUGUCGGGGGCGCGCCCCCGCUGCACACCCCGAGCCCGGAUGCUUGUACCCCCCCAGGGGGGAAGCAAGCUGGGGCCGAGGGCUACGGGCCUCCCUCCGUGAUGGCCAUGCACCCACCCCCACUGCAGCACGGAGGCUACCGCCCGCACCAGCACCACCCGCACGCCCAUCCUGCCCAGCCACCGCCUCCGCCGCCACAGCAGGCACCAGGCCAGGCUCCUGUCAAUAGUACUGGCUUCGCCUUUCCUCCUGACUGGUGCUGCAAUAUCGACUCCUUAAAGGAAAGCUUUAAGAUGGUGAAUCGGCUCAACUGGUCCAGCAUUGAACAGUCACAGCUCUCAGAGCUGAUGGAGUGUCUGCGACAGGCAGAGCAGAAGAACUGGAGCCUCGACCAGCAUCACAUUGCCAAUCUGUGUGACUCGCUCAACCACUUCCUUACUCAGACUGGUCACGUGCCCCCCCAGGGGGGCUCCCACCGGCCACCAGCCCCUGCCCGUAUCGCUGACUCCUGUGCCCUUACCGGUGGCAAGCAAGAGCCAGCCAUGAACCCAGUGAACUCUUAUGUGCACCCACAAGCCCCCCACCUCUACCCUGGCCCGUCACCAAUGUACCCAAUCCCCACCCAGGACUCAGCAGGAUACAAUCGCCCAGCACACCAUAUGGUCCCUCGGCCACCGGUUCCACCUCCUGGUGCCAAUGAGGAGAUCCCUGAUGACUUCGACUGGGACUUGAUCACUUAGGGCAUCACGGAGUGUGGCCACGAGCCCAAGGCUGGGUGGUGAAGUCUGGCAGUGGGGCAAGAGCAGCCCCAGCCCAUCCCUUCCUCCUUGCCUGUAUAUAGUUAUAUAUUCUCUUUUUUUCUUGCUCUGUCAGAGAAGCCACCGCAAGAUGCUGCCGAAGAUAACCCCCCCCUUUCCUACCUCCUUCUUCCUCUUUCUUCUUGUUUUUUUUCCCCUAAUUCUUUUAUUAUUAUUCUUAUUAUGGUAUUAUUAUUAUUAUUAUUGUUAUUAUUAUUAUUGGUUAUAUGCUGUUCCCAGGCUCCUGUCCCUACUCCACGGACCAUGUCCACCCCUUGCUAAUUUAAAAUCAUCUGGCUGGAAGGGGAGGCCCCGAUGGCUGCAGAGAAGGGUUUCCAACUUUGAUUUACCUUUCUCUUUGAGAAACUCGAUGCUAAUCCCACCUUUUGGCCCUAGAUCGUUUUCUGUUCCUGUCAGUUCAGUCCAGUCCUAGAGAAGCCACCUUAUCGAGUAAAAGGGAUCUGAAACACUGCUUGGCAGCCGCGAAUUUGCAGGUUUUACUCAAUGGUGCUAAUUUUGUCCUCCGAGCUCUUCCUUGUCCCUUUAUAUCUCCAAUCCUUCCUUCUGCCGAGCCUCACUCCCCAUCAAGGGCAAGAGCGAUGGAGGGUGACGAUAAAAUCCUAGUGGAAUAAGAGGUCUGGGGUGGGUCGAGUCAAGUACUGUAGAGGGGCGAUAGAAUAUAAAACAGUCAGAAAUUGGGUAUAUGCUACUAGAAACUUCCAUUGGCUCGUUCUUAGCCCUCUGUCUAUUGGGGAUAGAUUUGGUCUUGGCCGGAACUCUGCUUCUAUGAUAGGGACGAGGACAACCAUUCAGUAUAGGUUGGGCUUUUAGGAGAUGGCUUCAGUUCAACCCUUCUGGAAAUCCACUGUGGCUCUUAUUUGCAUUUACAAAUGAUCCUUCAAUCCCUUUUGCCCAUUCGGCAAAUUUUAUUUUGUCCUCCUCCAGCUGUUUGCUCAGUUCCUUCCCUUUUAUUUUUCUUCCCCCAUUUUCUGGAACUCUCAAGAAAGAAAAGUGAGCCAUUCUCGCCCUCUUAGUCUCAUCCUAUGCUAGGACAACAUGGGAAUCUCUUUCCCGCUGAUCAUAGCAGAACCGAACCUUUAGUGGUAGCGGUGGGAGGGUGGGGGAAGGAGAUAGGAGUCGGCAUACACAUGGGUAGGGAAUAUUGCAGUUAUUUAACUAUGUGGGCAAAUAACUUCUCUCAGAAUCCAGAUCACUGGGGCUGAAGCUUUUGCAAUUAGGCUUUUGAGGGGUGAAGGAGAUAGGUUGUGGGGAGUACGUAAUCUAGAGGGGAGAGUUUAUGAGUAUCAAAGGAGACUCCCAGAAUAAGGUACGGGGACAACUUCUCUCCAACGAGGAGUGGCCAUGAGUUACUGUUGCAAAGUACUUAGUGUGUACUUAAUGUUAAUUGUUGAAUAUUAGUUAUGAGAGGGAAAAACAAUUUUACUUCUGUUUUCAUUUCCCUGAAUGUUCGCUUUCUGGAAGCUACAGGACAAAAUGUAAGGAAUGGACAAGG